AUGGGCAUCUCCAAGGAGUCGCCGCUCGUUGGGGUCAUUGUCUCGGUGUAUUACAUUGGCUGUGCUGGAGGGGCAGUCGUAGCCUCAUGGUUCGCAGAUAGAAACGGUCGUCGACCAGGUAUCUUCGCCUGUCUGACCACAGCCACUUUCGGCAACCUCCUCAUGUUUGUCGCGGGGCUUGGUGAGCUAGGACACAAUACCAAGGUCUCAUUAGGUACAAUGUUGGCUGGGAGGAUCAUCAUGGGUCUGGGAGUUGGAGGAAUCGACGCCGUCGUCCCCGUAUACAGCAGCGAACUAUCUAACGACGACGCCCGAGGCGUGGCUCUCGCUCAAGAAUUCCAAGCCAACAUCCUGGGUCUCAACAUGGCCUUCAUCGUCAACCUAGUAGCCACACACCAACUGGGCAAAUCGUCCCAAUGGGCUUGGAGAAUUCCCAUCAUCGUUAUGCAGACCUACUCGGCCAUCCUCUUCGCGGGAGCUAAUCUCCUCCCAGAGACACCUCGCUGGCUCGUCAUGCACGACAAGCAUGAAAAAGCAAAGAAAGCAAUCGCCAGAGCCUUUGGAUCAGACCAGGUCGAGAGCAGGAUAACAGACCUCACGGAUGCGCAUGAGCAGGAGCAGAAAGAUGGUUCUGUCUCUUACGGAGACAUGUUGUGGCCGUCAGGGUCUCAGUUUCAUCCUACAUUCAUCACCGUCAUGGGACAGGUUAACCAGGCUUUGACGGGGUAUGGGGCAGUUUCGGUCUAUGGCCCUCAAAUCUUCCAACUCCUACACUUCUCCACCACCACAUCCGAGUUCCUCACUUUGGGAAACUACCUCCUCUACCUCCUCAGCAUGACCAUCACCUGGCUCGUCAUCGACCGACUAGGGCGCCGGCGCCUCAUGCUCCUCGGCUCAACCACCCUCUCCAUCUCAUUCACAUUACUAACCAUUCUCGCCGGCCUCGCCUACCACUCCCCUUCCCUCCACAUCUCCCCUUUACCACCCGGCAUCCCGGGUAUAAUCCUCCUUUACAUCGCAACAUCCAUCUUCGGAAUAACCUGGCUUGUUCCUCCAUGGCUCAUCCCCACUGAAAUCUACCCUUCCACGGCACGAGCACAAGGAGCCGCUAUUAGUGUCGUGGUAUGGGGAUUAGCAAACUUUGCUGUCACGUUGUUGACUCCGAUUGGAUUUAAUUCGCUCGAGUAUUUUUUGUUGUUGGUUUUCGCGGCUACGAAUCUCAUGGCGGGGGCACUGACGUGGGCGUUUUGUCCGGAGACGGGGAGGCGUUCGUUUGAGGAGAAUCAAGAGUUUUUCAAGGAGGCCAAGGAUGAGAAGGGGGGUACUUGGUUUGUGAGGGCGGUGAAGAAGGGGGAGUUUGGUUAUUUGCCUUCUACGGAUGGUCGUGGCGAUGGGCGGGAUCAAGAGGACGACGACAACAACGAUGAGGAUGAUUGUGGUGAUCGUGGUGAAACAAGACCAUUGCUUGGAUCCUCUUCCCAUUAG